CAUUACGUAUUAGACCACUAACGGCUGAUGAGCUGGUUACUUUACCCGCACCACUUCAAAAAAAUGUUCUUUCUACAACACCAUUCACUCCAAAUCAAGUCACCGUUCAAGGAGAAAGAAAACAAGCGUAUAUGUUCGAUCACGUUUUCGGACCAGAAACAUCACAAAAAGAGAUCUAUGAUCGUGCCGUAAUGAAUUUGGUGGAUAAAUUCUUGGACGCGUAUGGACAUGCGUCAUCAGGCAAAACGCAUACACUCGGGUUGUCAGGUGACAUUCCUCAAUCGAACGAUUCGAAGGGUAUAAUUCCGAGAGCAAUGGCCACACUGUUCUCCUGCAUAAAUUCAGCUCAGUACAAAGCGAGAAAAUUUGUUAUGAGAAUUUCAUUUGUAGAAAUACAUGAUGAUGAAUUAAUUGAUCUUCUUGGUGAUAAAGACUCUCAAGUUCUUAUUCGUGAAGAUUCAAAUAGUCGAAUACAUUGGAAAAAUCUAAAAGAGAUUAAAGUUAACAGCGUGGAAGAAAUAAUGGGACUUUUGUCUCGUGGUGUAUUAAACCGAAAAAUUUCAACACCGGAUACGAAUGCUGGCACAUCGCAAGGACAUUUUGUUUUUACGGUGACACUUUCGCAGCAAAAGUUUGUCCCGUUAAAUGGUAUGCCAACUAAUUCUAGUCACAUACCACCAACCGUUCCAAAAUUUAAUUUUGGAAUAUCAAAAUCAAGGGAAGAUAUAAAGACAAAUAAACAUCAUGAUGGUGAAUGGAUUGCUGUAACAAGUAAAUUUCAUUUUGUGGAUUUGGCUUGGAAGAAUAUGAGUAAUAAUACCUUGGUGAAUUCACAAGAAAAAGAAAAUAAUUCACUUAAUUCGGCCAUCCUUCCUUUAGGAAAUGUUAUUAGCUCUCAAGGAAUGUCAAUAAAAGUACCUGAUAAAGAGUAUAAACAUACACGUAUACUCAAAGAUUAUCUUGGUAAUAACGCUCAAUCAUUAGUUAUAUCAUGUGUCCCUCCUGCAUUAAAUCAAAUCAAGGAAACUAUAAAUACCUUGGAUUAUGCAACUCAAGCACGAAAUCUCAAGAAUACUUCUGUAGUUCAUCAUGAGGUGGGGUGGCAUAACUUGGAACACCUACAGGACCUUGUUUUGAAACUCAGAACUGAAGUAAGGGCACUGCGUGCAUCUGCCAGGGCAAACCCUGACGCUUCUAUUUCAGAUUUAACUUCUUCAACCCUUGAUAUGCAAUUGAUAGAGAAACAAUACACUCAGGACUCUCAAACAACGAGAGAUCUUAAUGGAAUCAUGAUCAAUCAAAAUGAUCAAAAAGAUAAAGAUAUUGAUGAACUUGAAGAAAAAUUGUCCCAUCUUCAACGUUCUUACGCCAAAAUUUCAAAAGACUUGCCAGUUAAUAACACUAAUAAUUCAGAUAGUAAUUUAUCAGAUAUUAAUUUAUUGGCAAAACAUUUAGAAUCAUUAAAAGACGAGGACGAAUCAUGUUUUAUUCAACGUGUAUUGCCUAGUUUCCAGAAGGCAAUUAGUCCUGUGAUUCAAGAAUAUGAAAAAUCCAUCACUUCACUUGAAAAUCAACUUUCACUUGUCCGUACAGCUUUAAAUCAUUCUGAAAACAUGAUGCGAUUACAAGAAGAUAAACUACAAGAAGCUGAAGAACUUAAUAAUCAAAAUAGAAAUUUGAUUAAUGACCUUAAAACAAAGAUUUCUAAGUUAACUGAACGAGAAGAAUCAACUGAGAAUUAUAUAAAAGACCUUGAAGCAAAACUUGAUUCUGAAGUAAUGGUUAAAAAGAAAGAUCAAGAAAUUAUUAAUGAACUUAAAAAUCAAAUCAACAAAAUGAGUGCUGAAGAUAGAAAUACUGAAAACCGUAUCGAUUCUAUUGAAACACAUUUGGAAUAUAAUGAGAAUCAAAUUGCUGCAGCAAGUCAAACUGCAAAAGAUCUUGAAAAGGCACUAUGCGAAAAGGAUGAAGCAUAUGUCUCUUUAAAAAAGAGAUUAGAAAAGCAACAUAUUAUUAAUGAUGAGGAAAAGAAAUGGUUAAUUGGAGAAAUUGAAAUGCGAGAUCAUAGAAUCUCAUUGUUGGAAAAGAAAGUUGAUGAUUUGGUCAACGAAAUCGCACGUUUAAAACAAUCUCAUGCUGAUGCUAAUUGCAAUUCUCACUCAGAGAAUCAUUCUAGGUCGUCAUCUUUAUCAUCAGUUGAUAAUGUAUCUUUUACUGAUCAACCUAAAUUUGGAUCAAUAAUGCAAUUUAAAGAUUUUUCUUCAGUUUCGCAACUCGAAUCAAAACUAAGUGAUCUUCAAAAGAUACACCAUGAGACAAUGUGCGAAUUGGAAGAUAUCAAGAAUAAAUACCAAACUUGCCUUAAAGAACUUACUAACCUUCAUGUUCAAUCAUCAUCAAUGACUUCACCCGAUAAUUCAGACGUUGCCCCAACAAUAAUCUCGGAAAAUAUAAGUGAAAUCUUAGAUUACUCUCCAAGACAUCAUGUGAAUUAUCAUAAGGCAAGAUCAAAAUCAGCAGAAAUUCAGGGAUCAAAGAAACAUGAUCUCACAAAUGCUGCGAUAAUUCAAAAUCUUCAAAUAGAAUUAAGACAAUUAGAAGUUCUUCAUGCUGACAAAGCACGUGGUUUAGAUACUAUGAAGCAAGAAUUUGCUCGGCUUGAAAUUAACUAUCGUGAAACUCUUGAAAUAGUCGAAGAACUUAGGGAAGAAAUAAAGCAUAGAGAUGCUAGGGGACAACAGGGACCUGUUUCUGCAGUUAUAUCAGAAUAUACUCAAACAGAUGGAAAUUAUUCAAUGACGACCCUAAGCCAGACCAAUCAGCAUGAGCUCAUACAAAAACUUAAAGAAGAAAUAGAACAUCUCGAAGAAGAACAAAGGAUUGCACUUGAAACUCUUGCCGCACAUAAAAAGCAUUAUAAUAUUGAUGCGGUAACAAGGAUACAAACAAGCAUCGUAGAACUUAAAGCUGAUAUACAUCGAAUUUUAGAGUGUGAUCAAGAUUCUGAUAAAUCACAUGUUGAUACUGUGAAUCGGUUACAAUCUAGAUUGAAGGAACUAGAAGAACAGUUAAUAAAGGAACAAGAAGCUACUGGACGAUCUCAAUUUAAUGAGGGUGUUGAAACUCCUUUCGAUGCAUUACAACAAACGGAACAGGCCAAUAUCAUCUUGAUGCUUCAACAACAAGUGAGCAAACUUCAAAAUGAAAUUGAAGUAAAAGGCCAUGUUAUAGCUGUCCUAAAAUCUCCAUCAAUUGAUCAACAACAUAUCAUUGAAAGACUUGAAGAUGAAUUACAUUACUUGAAAGAAGUUCAACGACUCGCUGUUGAAGCAAAAAACAAGUUAUCUGUGGCGUCUGAAAGGGAAGAGACUAAAAUCGGAGAUGAGAUUGUCAAAAAAGUUGGAAGUCUUGAAGCUCAAUUAGAAAUGACAAAAGAAAUGCAAGUUAAAUCAUACAUUGAUUCUUCACAAAGGGCUGUUGACAUUCUUCAAGAAAAACUAACAACUCUUCAACAUAAACUUGAUGCCAAGUCUGAGACUAUUGAAACUUUACAAUUUGAGCAAGAUUUCGCAUCUGUUCUCCAAGAACAUCUUGACAAUUUGAAAAAUGAUAUUCAAAAAAAAAAUCUGAUGUGA